CCCUAGCGCUCGGUCUAGUUCCCAGUUUGAAAUCGGGAACCAUUCCCGAACAGACGUCUCCCAACUCCCCUUAUAUUUUCCUCCCUACCCCGGGGAAAUAUUAUAUAUUGUUCCUGAUAUUUUCCGCCGAUAAGUUCGUUGAAUAUUCGGGGAAAAAAAGUGAAGGCUGGUUUAGAAAAGGUUUGGUUUCUCAAGCUAUGUAGGCCUAUAUAGGAACUCCAGCUCCAAAAGGGGUCUGAUACUGAUUCCUUCGACAGAGGACUUACGAAGCCAAAUAAGAUGUCCGCCGGAGGCGGAGGAUCCCUCUUCAUGCGCCUGAGCCUCCCCAGCGGCCUCGAGGAGGUCGUGGAGGGCCUGGCCAGGGAGGUGAUCAAGAGCCAGAUCACAGAGCCCCAGGAGAUCUACAGCUUCGCCUGGAAGCACUUCACAAACCUCGUGUCCAGGCAGAAGAACUUUCCGGGGAAGCAUGGUGCACCAUACGUGGCCCCUGGGCGUAGACGUCGCAGCAACAGCCACCAGGAUGAUGGGGCCCCUGGAUUUGCAGGGAGGAAGGGGCACCAUCCAGGGGGAGUUAGGGUUCUGCCGAUUGGGCCCUCACGAAGGAAAGUUGGAAAGAGUUCUGGAGAAGAGGUCAUGGCAAAGACUAGAUCCCUGGACCGUGAAUCCCGACCUCUGCGGCGCUCAUUUAUCGCAGAGACCAAAGACAAGGUGAAGAAAUCCAUGUCCCUGGAUCGCCAAGGGAUUGCAAGUCUUGGGCGCCUAAAGCCUGCCACUGCUGAAAAGGCCGAGAUUGCAAAGGAGCCUCUCAAUGCAAGAAUGAUGCGAGGCAGGAGGAAGGAGGAGAGGAGAUCAAAAGGUCUGUCUAAAAAGGCAAUUUUAGGGGGCACGGCUGCAGCUGGUGCGGCAGUUGCUGCUGCUGCGGCUGCAGGCAUUGCAGCUUCUCAAAUGGGAGAUGGGGAGGAACCUGAAGCAGCAGCAGAAGAAACUCCAGAAGAAGAAGCAGCUACAGAGGAAGCAGGAGAGGCAGAGGAUGCACCAGCAGAAGAAGCUGCUGAAGAAGGAGAAUCAGAGGAGGCACCAGCAGAGGCUGCUGAAGCAGAAGGAGAGGAGACACAGGGAGAAGAAGCUGCAGAAGCAGAAGCAGAGGAGGCACCAGCAGAAGAAGCUGCUGAAGCAGAAGAGGAAGCACAAGGAGAGGAGACACAAGGAGAAGAAGCUGCUGAAGCAGAAGCAGAGGAAGCACAAGGAGAAGAGCCUGAGACUGCUGCACUAGAAGAGUCUCCAGAUGCUGAUGCUGUAGUAGAACUUGCAGAAGCUGAAGAGGCAGGAGAGGCAGAGGAGGCACCAGCAGAGGCUGCUGAAGCAGAAGGAGAGGAGGCACCAGCAGAAGAAGCUGCUGAAGCAGAAGGAGAGGAAGCACAAGGAGAAGAAGCAGCUGAAGCAGAAGUAGAGGCAUCAUCAGUAGCUGAAGCAGGAGAUGCAGAGGAGGCACCAGGAGAAGAAGCUGCUGAAGCAGGAGAAGCAGGAGAAGGAGAGGAGGCACCAGGAGAAGAAGCUGCUGAAGCAGAAGCUGAGGAGGCACCAGUAGAAGCUGCUGAAGCUGGAGAAGAAGCAGAGGCACAAGCAGAAGAAACUGCUGAAGCAGAAGCAGAGGAGGCAGCAGAAGAACCUGAGACUGCUGCGUUAGAAGAGUCUCCAGAUGCUGAUGCUUGUAGUAGUACUGGCAGCACGAAGAAUGCAAGGAGAAGUCCGAGGAGGGCACCAGCAAAGAAAGAAGCUGCUGAAGCAGGAAGGAAGAGAAACGAAGCAGAAGAAGCUGCUGAAGCAGGAGAGGCAGAGGAGGCACAAGGAGAAGAAGCUGUUGAAGCAGCAGCAGAGGAGGCACCAGCAGAAGAAGCUGCUGAAGCAGAAGCAGAGGAGGCACCAGCAGAAGAAGCUGCUGAAGCAGAAGCAGAGGAGGCAUCAGCAGAAGAGCCUGAGACUGCUGCACUAGAAGAGUCUCCAGAUGCAGAUGCUGUAGUAGAACUUGCAGAUACUGAAGAAGCAGGAGAGGCAGAGGAGGCACCAGCAGAAGAAGCUGCUGAAGCAGAAGCAGAGGAGGCACCAGCAGAAGAAGCUGCUGAAGCAGCAGAGGCACCAGCAGAAGAAGCUGCUGAAGCAGAAGCAGAAGAGGCACCAGCAGAAGAAGCUGCUGAAGCAGAAGCAGAGGAGGCAACGGCAGAAGAGCCUGAGACUGCUGCACUAGAAGAGUCUCCAGAUGCUGAUGCUGUAGUAGAACUUGCAGAUACUGAAGAAGCAGGAGAGGCAGAGGAGGCACCAGCAGAAGAAGCUGCUGAAGCAGAAGCAGAAGAGGCACCAGCAGAAGAAGCUGCUGAAGCAGAAUCAGAGGAGGCACCAGCAGAGGCUGCUGAAGCAGCAGCAGAGGAGGCACCAGCAGAAGAAACUGCUGAGGCAGGAGAGGCAGAGGAGGCACCAGCAGAAGAAGCUGCUGAAGCCGAAGCAGAGGAGGCACCAGCAGAAGAAGCUGCUGAAGCAGAAGCAGAAGAGGCACCAGCAGAAGAAGCUGCUGAAGCAGAAACAGAGGAGGCACCAGCAGAAGAAGCUGCUGAAGCAGAAGCAGAAGAGGCACCAGCAGAGGCUGCUGAAGCAGAAGGAGAGGAGACACAAGGAGAAGCUAUUGAAGCAGGAGAAUCAGAGGAGGCACCAGCAGAGGCUGCUGCAGAAGCAGAAGCAGAAGAGGCACCAGCAGAAGAAGCUGCUGAAGCAGAAGGAGAGGAGGCACCAGCAGAAGAAGCUGCUGAAGCAGAAACAGAGGAGGCACCAGCAGAAGAAACUGCUGAAGCAGAAGCAGGAGCAGAAGAGGCACCAGCAGAAGAAGCUGCUGAAGCAGAAGCAGAGGAGGCACCAGCAGAAGAAGCUGCUGAAGCAGAAGGAGAGGAGGCACAAGGAGAAGAAGCUGCUGAAGCACGGAGCAUCCGAAGCAGAGAGGCACCAGCAGAAGAAGCUGCUGAAGCAGAAGCAGAGGAGGCACCAGCAGAAGAAGCUGCUGAAGCCGAAGCAGAGGAGGCACCAGCAGAAGAAGCUGCUGAAGCAGAAGCAGAGGAGGCACCAGCAGAAGAAGCUGCUGAAGCAGAAGCAGAAGAGGCACCGCAGCGAGAAGCUGCUGAAGCAGAAGCAGAGGAGGCACCAGCAGCAGAAGCUGCUGAAGCAGAAGCAGAGGAGGCACCAGCAGGAGAAACUGCUGAAGCAGAAGCAGAAGAGGCACCAGCAGAGGCUGCUGAAGCAGAAGGAGAGGAGACACAAGGAGAAGCUACUGAAGCAGGAGAAUCAGAGGAGGCACCAGCAGAGGCUGCUGCAGAAGCAGAAGGAGAGGAGGCACCAGCAGAAGAGCCUGAGACUGCUGCACUAGAAGAGUCUCCAGAUGCUGAUGCUGUAGUAGAACUUGCAGAUACUGAAGAAGCAGGAGAAGCAGAGGAGGCACCAGCAGAGGCUGCUGAAGCAGAAGCAGAGGAGGCACCAGCAGAGGCUGCUGAAGCAGAAGGAGAGGAGGCAUCAGCAGAAGAAGCUGCUGAAGCAGAAGGAGAGGAAGCACAAGGAGAAGAAGCAGCUGAAGCAGGAAAUGCAGAGGAGGCACCAGAAGAAGAGAGUGGCGCUGCAGAUGAAGCUGAGUUCUCAGGAUUAGUAACAGGAGAAGCUUCUGAAGGAGAUGUAGAAGACGCCAACAUCACAGACAGCCCAGCAGCAGAUGACGCAACUGCGGCCGAAGAUGAGGCUGGCAAAGAUUCUGCAGAACUUGUAGAUGAAGUUGCUGCUGCUGUCGAUGAUGCAGUGGAAGAUGCAUCUGCCACAGCUGAUGACACAGCAGAGGAUGCAACUGAAGCAGCAGAUGAAGCAGGUGAUGCAGCUGAGGAAGCAUUAGAAGAAGCAGGUGAUGCAGUUGAGGAAGCAGCAGAAGAAGCAGGUGAUGCAGCUGCUGCUGUGGAUGAAGCAGCAGAAGAAGGAGCUGCUGCAGUUGAUGAGGCAGCAGAAGAUGCAGCUGAUGAUUUAGCUGAGGCAGCAGAGGAGGCACAAGAUAGUGCAGAACUUGUAGAUGAUGUUGCUGCAGCUGUUGAUGAUGCAGUGGAGGAUGCAGCGGCUGCAGCUGAAGAUGCAGUCGAAGGGACAGCUGAUGAAGCAGCUGAUGCAGUUGAAGAGGCAGAUAAUAUUGCAGAUGAUGCUGCUGCAGCUGUUGAUGAUGUAGUUGAAGAUGCAGCUGACGCAGUAGAAGAUGCAGGUGCUGCAGCUGAAGAAGCAACAGAGGAUGCAGCUGAAGCUGUUGAAGAUGCAGCUGAUGAUGCUGCUGCUGUAGUUAAUGAUGCAGUGGAAGGUGCAGCUGAUGCAACUGAAGAAGCAGCAGAGGAUGCUGCUGCAGUUGUUGAAGAUGCUGCAGAAGAUGCAGCUGCUAUAGUAGAUGAUGCAGGGGAGGAUGCUGCUGCUGCAGCUGAAGAUGCAGGGGAAGGUGCAGCUGAUGCAGCAGAGGAUGCAGCUGCUGCAGCUGAAGAUGCAACAGAAGAUGCAGCUGCUAUAGUGGAUGAUGCAGUGGAGGAUGCUGCUGCUGCAGCUGAAGAUGCAAUGGAAGGUGCAGCUGAUGCAGCAGAGGAUGCAGCUGCUGCAGCUGAAGAUGCAGUGGAAGGUGCAACUGAUGCAGCAGAGGAUGCAGCUGCUGCAGCUGAAGAUGCGGCAGAAGAUGCAGCUGCUAUAGUAGAUGAUGCAGGGGAGGAUGCUGCUGCUGCAGCUGAAGAUGCAAUGGAAGGUGCAGCUGAUGCAGCAGAGGAUGCAGCUGCUGCAGCUGAAGAUGCAGUGGAAGGUGCAACUGAUGCAGCAGAGGAUGCAGCUGCUGCAGCUGAAGAUGCAGCAGAAGAUGCAGCUGCUAUAGUAGAUGAUGCAGUGGAGGAUGCUGCUGCUGCAGCUGAAGAUGCAGUGGAAGGUGCAGCUGAUGCAGCAGAGGAUGCAGUUGCUGUAGCUGAAGAUGCAGUGGAAGGUGCAGCUGAUGCAGCAGAGGAUGCAGCUGCUGCAGCUGAAGAUGCAGUGGAAGGUGCAACUGAGGCAGCAGAGGAUGCAGCUGCUGCAGCUGAAGAUGCGGCAGAAGAUGCAGCUGCUAUAGUUGAUGAUGCAGUGGAGGAUGCUGCUGCUGCAGCUGAAGAUGCAGUGGAAGGUGCAGCUGAUGCAGCAGAGGAUGCAGCUGCUGCAGCUGAAGAUGCAGUGGAAGGUGCAGUUGAUGAAGCAGUGGAAGAUGCAGCUGCUGUAGUUGAUGAUGCAGUUGCUGCAGCUGAUGAAGCAACUGGUGACUUAGUUGAGGCAGCAGAUGAAGCAAAAGAAGCUGCAGAUAAUAUCGCGGACGAUGUCGCCGGAACCGUUGGCGAUGCAGUGGAAGAUGCAGCUGCUGCUGCAGAUGAAGCUGCAGAAAAUGUUACAGCAACUGUCGAGAAUGCAGCUGACUCAGCAGACGACAUUCUGGGUGAUGCAGAGAGCUCUCUGAUGGAAGCAAUUGCUGUGGCUAAUGGGAGCGAGGGGAACAAUGACAACGAACCAACAGGUCACUCGUUUUUUGGAAACAUCAGAUCCACAAUAGAAGAAACGCUCGACGAUAUCAAAGAUGCUGUCACAGGAGAAAACGAGGUGCACACACAAAGGCACAAUGGCAGUGUGGCAGGCGUAGUGGCACUCAAUAAUAACGACAGCGGCGUUGGUGGCAGCAGCUUUGGCAUGCAAAGACGCCAGUAUGAUUUCGAUGGAUCUGAAGAGGACGGGACGAUUGCCAGCGUCAAUCGGGACGGGUCUUACGCCAACUCUAGGACGCCCUACGUCCCAAGCUUCUCCAAUCCUACGGCUGCCAAUGCAGCUGCAAUAGUAGCUGACACAGACGAAGAAUUAGCCCAAGCUGCAACAAAGAUCCAGGCUGGCUUCAGGGGCUACAAAGCCAGGAAAGAUCUGAAAGAUAAGAACGCCACAGUCCAAGAGAAUUCAGUUUUGGAAGAGAUCAAUCUGAACGACCCAGAGCUCCAUGCAGCUGCGACAUCCAUCCAAGCAUCUUUCCGAGGUCACCAGGCGAGAAAGAGUCUCCAGUUGCAUCAGGCAGUGAAAGCAGAAAGCAGUAAUCAAGCAGAACCUGGGGAGAUAGUGGUGCAAGACAUCAAUUUGAAUGACCCCGAGGUUCAAAAAGCAGCAGUGGUAAUCCAGUCUUCAUUCCAGCAGCACCAGUCCCAGAAGGAUGCUGAGCCCGAGCCAACACCACUUAACCUGAAAGAAACCGGUGGCGCCGAUAUUGACUUAGAAGAUCCUGAAGUGGAAAAAGCAGCGAUUGCGAUACAGUCAUCUUUUAGAGGGUUCAAGACAAGACAGAACCUGAAAGCCUCACCAACCCCUGAAAUCGACAUCAGCCUCCAAGAUCAUGCCCUACACAAUGCAGCGACCUUAAUCCAGUCUUCGUUCCGGGGCUAUCAGUGUCGGAAGGGUCUGAAAGAACCUCAUUCACCAGGCAAAGAAGAAGUGGACAUAGAUCUCAAUGAUCCAGAGGUCCAGAAAGCAGCCAUGACAAUUCAGUCAUCCUACCGGAAUUUCAAAGCAGCCAAGGACAUUGACACUUCUGAGCCUGAUGACAUCAACAUAGACUUGGGGGACCCUGAUGUAGAGAAGGCUGCCAUUAAGAUACAGUCAUCAUUUCGUGGGUUUCAGACUCGCAAGAUCUUGAAAGAAAAUACUGAGGAAGGAGACGAAAAGGAAGAUGAGGUAGAUUUAAGUGAUACUGAAAUUCAGAAAGCAGCGACAAUCAUCCAGGCUGGCUUCCGAGGCUUUAAAGUACGGCGUGAUCUGAAAGCUUCCCAGCCGACUGAAAAUGUUGUGCAGGAGCAUGACUUCGAAGAUACUGAGCUCCAAAAGGCAGCCACUAAAAUUCAAUCCUCUCCUGUUGGAGAAAUGGAAGAAGUUAACUUGGAUUUAGAUGAUCCUGAACUGGAGAAAGCUGCAUCUAUCAUUCAGUCUCACUAUCGUUCAUUCAGAACUAAGCAGUUGCAGCCAUCUGUUAAUGGAGAAGAUGAUUCAUGCCUAGGUUUCAAUGAUGAAGAGUUAGAAAAAGCUGCUACCAUUAUACAGUCAGCGUUCAGGGGUUUUAAGACUCGCCAUCACUUAGAGAACAGCAACAACCAUCUCGGAUAGAAA